UCACAGCAGAGUAUUUAACCUCGGCCUCAACCAGCUGUCGUCACACAUCGUUUUCAGCGACAACCGACUUCCCGCUACGGCGACUGUCUCAUAUCGACCGAGGUCCUAAAGCAAGUAAGAGAUGGCUCGUACCAAGCAGACUGCUCGUAAAUCUACCGGAGGAAAGGCGCCAAGGAAGCAGCUCGCUACCAAGGCAGCCAGGAAGAGCGCUCCGUCCACCGGAGGAGUGAAGAAGCCCCAUCGUUACAGACCUGGAACUGUGGCUCUGAGAGAGAUCCGUCGUUACCAGAAGUCUACAGAGUUGCUCAUCCGCAAGCUGCCCUUCCAGCGUCUGGUGAGAGAGAUUGCACAGGAUUUCAAGACUGAUCUGCGCUUCCAGAGUGCGGCUAUUGGAGCUCUACAGGAAGCCAGUGAGGCUUACCUGGUGGGUCUGUUUGAGGACACCAACCUGUGCGCCAUCCACGCCAAACGUGUCACCAUCAUGCCCAAAGACAUCCAGCUGGCUCGCAGGAUAAGGGGAGAGAGGGCCUAAGCGGCGACAAAUUAUCCUAUUUAUCGUACUUAACCAUUUUUGUGGACAUUUUAUUUCUUGGGUAAUUUUUUUACAAGUUCUUUGGAUUUUGUA